AUGCUUCACCAACUAGGUUCGGGGUUGUCUGUCCUAAAUCCACAUCCUGUUCCGAUUGAAGGCCCACGGCUUCUUCAUCAUCUUGUUCGACAAUCCUCAAGUAAUGCAGGGCCCGCUAUCGAUUUCCUAAAAGACGGAUCGAUGAGACAAAAGCUUUCUUACGAAUCUCUGCACAUCCUUAGUGAUGAUCUUGCUAAGAGAAUCUACCGCACGCUGACUGGGCUGAAACAUACCUCUGCUAUUAUACCCGUCUUUUUACCUCAGUGUCCGGAGCUCUACAUCACUCUCCUGGCAAUCCUCAAGGCCGGUAAAGCAUUUUGCCCGUUGGGAAUAGACACUCCCAAGCAGCGGUUGAGCUUCAUUCUGAAGGACAUAACGGCAAAUCUGGUUAUUACCACAUCAACUCUCAAGGAGAGAAUUCCUCUGGAUCGAGGUGUCGAAGUGCUUGUGGUGGACCAGGAGACAACCCAGCAUAAAGAAGAUAGUCUGCAUGUAGAAGAGGCCGUACAUCCGAAAGAUUUGGCAUACGUCUUGUACACAUCCGGGUCGACAGGCCUCCCAAAGGCCGUCAGCGUGUCUCAUCGAGCAGUCACUCAAAGCUUAAUGGCUCAUGACCAACACAUCCCACGCUUUUCGCGAUUCCUUCAAUUUGCGGCCCCGACUUUUGACGUUUCGAUCUUUGAGAUCUUCUUUCCCCUAUUUAGAGGCUGCACUUUAGUUGGAUGCACUCGGGCUCAAAUGCUUAACGAUUUGCCAGGCACUAUCAAACUAAUGGAGAUCGACGCUGCCGAGCUUACACCCACUGUCGUUAGUAACUUGCUCCGCGGGCGCGCAAGUGUGCCCGGAUUGAAACUGCUCCUCACCAUCGGCGAAAUGCUCACCAGACAUGUUGUCCAGGAGUUUGGUGGUGACGCCACCCAAAAGAGCAUCCUCUGGGGUAUGUACGGACCCACGGAGGCCGCAAUCCACUGUACUCUGCAGCCCCACUUUCAAAGCGACUUUUCCGUCGGUAACAUUGGGUUCCCUUUGGAGACAGUGUCAGCCUUCAUUGUCACACCUGCUCUGGAAGGCGAGUCGUCCACAGAUAUCAAGAUAUUGCCAACAGGGGAAGUUGGGGAACUGGUCGUAGGAGGACCGCAGGUCGCUGAAGAGUACCUCAAUCGCCCUGAGCUCACGGCUGCAGCAUUUUUGCGACAUCCCAAAUUUGGCGUUCUCUAUCGAACCGGUGACAAAGCUCGACUUCUCCCGAGCGGAACCUUAGAGUGUCUAGGUCGUAUUGUCUCCGGUCAAGUGAAAGUCAGGGGCCAGAGAGUCGAGCUUGGAGAGAUUGAACAAAUCAUCUCGAAGGUGGACGGGUGCCACACUGUCUCCGUCGUUGUCAUCGAAGAUACCUUGGUAGCUUUCUGUGCUGUUGGUUCAAGUGCGGCUUCAAAAUCGGAAGUCAUUAACACUUGUAAUCGUUGGCUUCCGAGCUACAUGGUUCCCGCAGAUAUCAUAUUUGUUCCUUGCAUGCCGCAAUUAGCAUCGGGUAAGAUCGACAAGAAAGAAUUAGAAGCGCAAUACGUUCGCGACUGUCAAGUUGAUGACUCCCCCGGUUCUAAGCUACCUGACGAGUUUGGUCGUACCGUCCAACGCAUACUUGAGCACACAUUGGGUCGUAAAAUCACCCUCAGCACUGCUUUUAGUUAUGCUGGGGUAGACUCUCUGCGCUCCAUUCAGAUUGCUUCUUCACUUCGAGAGAAAGGCUAUAGAAUAGGCGCCGUGGAUGUGCUCUCCUCCAAUAAUCUGGAAGAACUUCUUACAAUAUGCAAAAGCGAGCGAGCAUAUCUUGCUCAAAAUAUGACCGCCGACUUCAGCGCUAUCAGCAAUGCCGCCAUGAGAUUGUCAGACUUAGACAGCCACCAAACUGAUAUUGUUGAUAUCAUUCCAUGCACACCUUUACAGGAGGCAAUGCUUGCAGAAACCAUUGGCCGACCUGAUGCUUACUGCAACUGGAUUGAAACGGAACUUCCUGCUUCCUACACUUUCUCGCAAGUACGAGGCUUCUUCGACAUUCUUGCGAAGGAAAAUGAGAUAUUGCGCUCAGGAUUUUGCGUCACCUCUUCCUUGAACUCUAGCUCCUUUGCACAGGUUGUGUGGAAAGCUUUACAUAAAUCUCAAAUCAUCGAGGUCACGAAUUUUUCCAAGAAAUUCUCACUUAGUUCAAUGGAGUCCCUCUUCCGUCCCUUCACGGUUCAAGUCAACGCAACCUCUCCGAAAACGCGGCUUGUGUUUCAGAUACAUCAUGCUUUGUACGAUGGAUGGUCGUUUGACCUUCUCCUGAAAGACUUUGCCAACAUUAUCCGCGGAAGGUCACUCGAUUCACGACCGCAGUUUCGUCAGGUUGUUACCUACUACGAACAACUUUCGAGUGGUGCAGAAAAGGCGGAAAGCAUAAGCUUCUGGGCACAUAUGCUCAAAGGAUAUUGCCCGGAGCCUCUUCGAAACUUCAAUGGCAAAACUAUCUGUAAUAAUUAUCUUCAGUCGCUUGCCCGAUCAUCAUCAGUCAAUGUCAAGUCCUUACACGAGGGCGCAAAUAACUGUACAGUCAAUCCCCAGGUCUUCUUCCAGGCGGCUCUCGCGUAUAUUCUAGGUUCCUACCUUGGGUCAACCGAUGUUGUGAUUGGUACAGUCACUUCUGGGAGGACCAUCCCCGUCACUGGCAUUGAAAACAUCAUGGGACCGUGCAUCGCUUCGCUGCCGCUUCGAGUAGACCUCUCAAAGUGUUCGACCAUCAAGGACAUCCUCGAUAGGGUUCAAAACUCAAAUCGAGCAAUGCUUAGUCACGCUACACUGCCGUUACGAGACAUCAUAAGAUCAUGUGGUGUCCCACCGGAUUCACAUCUUUUCGAAGUACUAUUUGUCUGGCAGGAAACGAUAUUUAGCAAGGCCUCCGGCCCUUUCGAAAUUAAGACCAUAGGCAGUGCCGAUGAUCUCGAAUUCAAGUUGACUCUCGAGUUCGAACCUCGCGCAGACUGUGUGUCAUGCAGGGCGACAUAUGAUUCUUCAGUACUUCCUGAAACCCAAGUCAAGUACCUUCUUCAACAUAUCGAUGAACUGGUCAAUCACUUUCUAGAAAAACCUACGGCGGAAUUUAAUGGUGUCUCUCAUUGCUUCAGUCCACAAAGUCUUUCAAUUGCCAAUCCCUCGCCCCAGCAAACGUCGUUUAGCCACGGACCAGCCUACGCAGUAGAACGGUGGGCUGCAGAAACACCUGACAAGGAAGCGGUUAUAUUUGGCACCAUUUUCAACGGGAGUAUGGUCGAAAAGGAGAGACUCACCUAUAGUGCCUUGAAUUCACGUGCAAACCAACUCGCGCAUGCUCUGCAGGAACGUGGCAUUGGCGGCGAUUCUCUCAUUUGCGUACUCCUGGAAAAAUCUGUCAAUCUUUAUGUUGCGAUAUUAGCAAUUCUCAAAGUUGGGUCAGGCUAUCUUCCAAUCCUUCCUGACUCACCGCCGGAACGAAUCACCAAGAUCCUGUCAGAAGCUCAAGUAAAUAUAUGCCUCAGCGAAACACCUUUUUUGAAAGAUGCACGUCACGAAGGCUCAUACCUGGUUCUUGAUCUUGACACAAUGGACACUUCAACGUACCCGGACCAGAAUCUUAGUGUCGAAUAUGACGGGUCGUACCUUGCCUAUGCUAUAUUUACGUCUGGGAGUACAGGAGCGCCUAAGGGUGUUCUUGUAACGCAGGAAAAUCUGAUGAGCAAUCUCGAAGUUCUCCUUGACCUUUAUCCUACGCCGGCUGAUUCAAGGUUGCUGCAAGCCUGCUCUCAAGCGUUCGAUGUUUCUGUAUUCGAGAUUUUCUUCACCUGGUACGCCGGCCUGUGCCUGUGCUCAGCCACGAAGGAUGAUCUCUAUCAAGAUUUUGAGGCAGCCAUCGUUAGCUUAGGCGUAACACAUUUGAGCUUAACCCCGACGGUUGCGUCUUUAGUGAACCCAAAACAUGUCCCCAAGGUUCGGUUCCUAGUCACUGCGGGGGAGGCUUUGACGGAGCAUGUUAGAAGACAAUGGGCCGGCAAAGGGUUGUAUCAAGGGUACGGGCCAUCGGAAACAACAAACAUCUGUACAGUUCGAGCUUCCGUUACCAUGGAGGACGCCAUCAAUAACAUCGGUGCUCCGUUCCGGAACACUUCGGCAUUCGUACUUGAUCCUAGAUGUAGUACAAUUGUUCCUCGAGGUGGUAUCGGGGAACUGUGCUUUGGUGGAGCACAGGUAUUCCGUGGAUAUCUCAAUAUGCCAGAACUCAACGCAAGGAAAAUCAUCAACCAUCCCUCCUAUGGUCGAAUUUAUCGUUCAGGAGAUAUGGGUGUGUUGCUUCCCGACGAUUCUAUAUUGUUCACGGGUCGUUCGGACGACCAAAUCAAGAUUCGUGGCCAGCGGGUUGAACUUGGGGAAGUGACCUCGUGCAUUAUCGACUGCGUUGCGGUCGAAGAUUGCGUUACUUUGCUGUUUCAACAAACCGAAUCUUCCCAAAAACUGGUAACUUUUUGGGUUCCUACGAAGGCAUCAGCAAAAAGAUUCGAACUGCUACCUUUUCAGAGUUUCUCCUCCGCAAUACAAGAUAUUUUCGAGUCUCUAGCUCCAAAGCUACCGACCUACAUGAUUCCGUCGCAUCUAAUUCCGAUCACCCAAAUUCCUGUGACCUCCCAGACCAAAGUUGACAAAAAACGUCUUUUCCAAGUAUUCCAGGACUUAUCCUCUAAGCAACUCGAGUUAGUCACACAUAAUUCUCCCCCUGAUAACUACGAUGGCGAGCUAUCCGAGCAAGAAAGACCUAUCGCGGAAGCGCUGGCCGGAAGUAUUGGAGUGCCGCUCGCCGAUAUCCAGCGGAACUCCUCUUUCUUCAAUGUAGGAUUAGAUUCCAUAUCCGCAAUAAGGUUUUCUAGGAAACUUCAAGAAAUUGGCAUUGGGGCAAUUCCUGUUUCCGUCAUUCUGAAGAAUGCUUCCGUGGCACGCCUAUCAUCGAAGAUCCGAGUGGCCUCCACAUCAGAGGUGCUUGCGCGCAGACUCUUGCACGAGCCUGGAAAGGUGUUGCAACUAGCACAUAUCAAUCAAAUCCGUUCCGAAUUCGAAAAGCGUGGUGAACGAGUAAAGAAGAUCUUGCCUUGUACAUCACUCCAAGAAGCCAUGCUUUCAAGUGCUCCAUCUGCCACAUGCUCGUCAUACUACAACACGAUGGUCUUUGAAGUUACUGGAGAGGUUUCCAAAUUGAAGAAAUGCUGGACUCUUAUGUUCCAGCGACAUGAGAUAUUUCGGACUGCAUUUGUUCCUACCGACGACAAGGACUACGCAUUCGCUCAAGUCGUUCUAGAGUAUGAGGAUCCAAUAUGGGAUGAAUUAGAGUCAAUAGAUGAUACCGAAGCGUAUGUUGAAAGGACCCUAAGCCAUCUGCUGAGGUCAUUCAAACCACCCGUACGAUUGGCCACUCUUGAGUCUAGCACUUCAACCAAACUCGUCUUUUGUUGCCAUCACGCGCUGUACGACGGGCAAGCCAUUUCAUCUCUCCUCCAAGAAGUACAGCAAGCGUACUAUGGCAGCAUACUGCCGCCAUCAGUCCCGUAUGAACGCUACCUUCAGCAUAUGAUUUCACAGGACUUUAUCGCUGCCGACCAAUUUUGGAAGACUUCCCUCGCUGGGCUCGAGCCAACAUCCUUUCCGGAUCUUUCUGGUACCAGCAAGAAAUAUGGUAGCAGCGUUUCUUCCCCCAGGCAGAUUCUUCAUGUUCCCCUUCAGGAUGUCCUCAUGAUGUGCCAAGACUCUUCGGUGUCUCUUCUCUCAAUGAUACAGGCUGCUUGGGGGAAGCUCCUACAUUUUUAUACUGGGGAGACCAACUUGUGCUUCGGCAACGUCGUCUCUGGUCGUUCCCUCCCAGGAGAGGAUCUAGACCAGCUUAUUGCACCCUGCUUUAACACUCUCCCUGUGCGCCUCAACCUCAACGCCGCAAGGACUCAUCUCUUCGAUACCCUAGUCAUUCUUCAACAGCCAAGUAAUCCUCUUGACGAGUCAAUCUGGAGAUUGGAGCGAGACGCCGGAGACAUGAAUUUUCCAAUUGUCUGCGAAGUAUCCCAAUCCCCAUUGCACGAUCAGCUUUCUGUGACUCUCCACCACCAAACCCACCUCGUAUCAGAGACUGACGCUCAUAUGAUCGUGAAGACAUUCAGUUACGCGUUGUCAUCAUGUGUUCAGUUCCCAAGUGCUGCUGCUGGAGACACCUUUGGCUUCCCUUCCGACAUUCUUGCGAGAUCGAAUUUUGACUUCGUUCCCGCAACUCCCACAGAGGGGCCUGGGCUACAUUCGGCGUUCGAGGGAAAUGCCUCCUUGCGCUCCAAUCAGGUUGCUCUCGACUUCCAACACGAUAAUAAUACAAGAACGACCUGGACUUUUGGAGAACUGAACGCAAAAGCAAAUCAAAUUGCCCAUGCCUUGAUAGAGCGCAAUAUAGGGCCCGAAGAUAUUAUCCCCGUCUACAUACAGAAAAGUCCUCAGUUCUACGCUUGCAUACUUGGGGUCUUGAAAGCUGGGGCUGCGUUUACACCACUCCACCCAGAGUUGCCGGAGGCCAGGAAGAAAUUCAUGCUUUCUGAAAUUCACCCAAAGGUCUUGCUUUGCGUUAGCGAUUCUGCGUUGGAUUGGUGCCGCGAUGUAGAGGUUGUCAACGUUGACACACUUGAAAGAAACCCCACGGAAAACCCUGUGAUUCAAGGACUCGCGUCAACGAAUCUAGCCUACUGCCUGUACACUUCUGGCUCGACUGGUGUACCCAAAGCCGUGGGUGUGGAACACCGGUCACCGAUUCAAACAAUUGAAAGCUCUCGGCCAUUGGUCCCCUGGAGCCACGACUCAAGACUGCUUCAGUAUGCCGCAAUUACAUUCGACAUGUGCUACUACGAUUGUUUCCUAGCUUGGACGUUCGGAUUUGCGCUUUGCACGGCAGAACAGAAUGCUUUGAUGAACAAUAUUACCCACGUUGUCAAUUCUCUAAAUGUCGAUCUACUAGACCUUACACCUUCCAUUGCUGCCGGACUUUCACGAGAGGAUGUUCCAGGGGUGAAAUGGUUGUAUUGCAUUGGCGAAACAAUGGUGCCUGAUAUCGUGCAGAGGUGGGAGGGUGCAUGUGUCAACUCCUACGGUCCAACUGAAGCGGCAUUUUGCACAACUAUCUUUCCUGUUCGCAAAGACAUCAAGAACACCGUCAUUGGCAUGCCUUUCCCUACGACUUCUUUCGCGGUAUUUCCUAAAAACGGCGAACGCGCAUUGCCUGUGCUUGGAGUAGGCGAGCUAUAUAUUGGCGGCGCCCAGAUUGCCCGGGGUUACUAUAAUAAUUCCGCACUCACAGAAGAAAGAUUUGUUUACAGAAGUGGACAAAGAUUUUACAAGAGCGGUGAUAUGGUUCGCAUGUUGAGUGAUGGUAACUUUGAGUUCAUUGGCCGAGCAGAUGACCAAGUCAAGAUCCGAGGCCUGCGGGUCGAACUGGGUGAGAUCAGCCAUGUACUACAAGAGUGUGAUGAAGAUAUUUCUAGCGUCACAACGCAAAUACUGAGGAAAGAUGCGGACGCCAAACAACAACUAGUUGCUUUCCUAGUGACUACGGCCUGGGAUAAGACAUUUGAGCUCAAGAUAAAGGCGAAGCGUGCAGCAACCGACCAUUUGCCUUUCUAUAUGGUCCCCCAAUUCUUCAUUUUCAUCGAAAAGAUACCGAAAUCUAUGGCCGGAAAGGUAGACAAGAAAGCCCUAGGAGUUAUUUUCCAAGACUCUGAAGAUACUCAAUUAAUCUCCGAAGAAACCAUGGAGCAAGCCACAUCCCAUUCAUGGACUGAGACUGAGAAUCAGGUACGCACAAUCUUCGCUAGGCUUUCUGGAACGCAGACAGAGUGUAUUCACCCCACUACGUCGAUUCACCAGCUUGGGCUCGAUAGUAUUAGUGCUGUUCAGAUCGCUGCGGGUUUAAGGCGGAAAGGAUACGAAGUUCACGCAGUGGAUGUACUCAAAUACACUAGCUGCGUAGAGCUUGCCGCUUGUCUCGAUCGGCCAGGUGGACUAUCUUCUCGAGAAGCGAAAAAAUUCAACUUCCAAGAGUUCGACAAUAUGUUCAGAUUUGACAUAUUGAAAGCUUUCGGAAUCAAGGACGAAGAUGUCGAAGCUGUUCGCCCAUGCACUCCACUACAGCGAGGCAUUAUUUCGCGAUUCAUUGCGAGAGAAGGAACCGUAUAUUACAACUAUCUCCGGUUACGGCUUAACGACGAUAUUGAUGCGCCGAGGUUAAGACAAGCGUGGUCACUAGUGAUGAAGAAGCAUCAAAUGCUACGGACUGGCUUUGCUGAACUCAAAGACAGCAACCAUUCUUUUGCCAUGGUACAAUUUGCCGCUACUACUGUGAGCCUACCUUGGGACGAGGAAAACGCCAAAAAUGAUCCACAAGAAGUAGAUGAGUGGUAUCUUCAAUCUACGCUUCAAACUUUGAAGCAGUUACAUAGACCACCGUGGCGCAUCCGUUUCAACAAAGAAAACGGCCAGGCACACCUUCAUUUAGCCAUAUUCCAUGCCAUUUUCGAUGCUGAGAGCUUACAGGCUAUCUUUACCGACGUAUCAAGGGCAUAUAACGAUCUUCCGCUUGGGAUACCGACAUCAUUGGAACCCCUCUUGGACAUGAUACUCACCCUGGGCGCCAGCGAGGAUAUCCAACGUACCCACUUUUGGGAGAAGCUUGGAAAGGGACUGGCUGUAACUCGAUUCCCUAACGUGGCACCCCUUCGAUAUAAUGCAGUAUCUCCAGCUGUAGUCACGAAAAUAUGCUCAACAUCCGUUGUAGAUCUCGAAGCUGGAUGUCGAAAGUCGAAUAUUACGCUUCAAGCAGCGGGAAUUGCCAGCUGGGCAUCAAUUCUCUCUGCCUACACAGGCGAAUCUUCGGUAACAUGCGGCGUCGUUCUCUCUGGUCGAAAUGUUGAAGCAGCAGAGUCUGCAGUUUUCCCUUGUAUUACAACUAUGCCUUUCGUCUGCAAAGUUGGCAAGGACAAACGGAAGAUGCUGAGAGAUAUUAUGGCUUUGAAUGCGGAAAUCCAAAGGCAUCAAUUCACACCAUUGAACGAGAUCCAGAGAAUGAUGGGACAUCCCAAUGAGCCUCUAUUUGACACUAUCUUUGCCUUCCAGAAGAUCCCCAAUAAAGGGCAGGUAGAUAUGUUGUGGGAAGUAGUUGAUGAACGGGCAUCAGUCGAUUAUCCGAUCUCAAUCGAGCUGGAACCAGUCGGAGAGCGUGUCGAGAUUCGACUUACCUUCCUGCCACACAUGAUACCACGAGAGCAAGCGGCCUUGAUACUCGGUCAACUCGAUCAUCUGCUUGCCCAAUUUGUCUUUUCCGAGGUUCAGUCUCCGAACGUUGUUCAUUACAAUCAAGAUCUUUAUUCUAUCACACCAGCAAGGGAACAUACGAUACCAUCAAAAGUUUCUCUUUUACACGAGCUUGUUGAGAUUUUUGUUAACGAGAGUCCGAGCCGAAUUGCUCUCGAAUUUGCCUCAGCAAUUUCCAAUGGCCAGUACACUAGCAAAACCUGGACAUAUACCCAGCUCAAUUCGGAAGCCAACAGAAUUGCUCACAUGCUCAUAUCCCAUGGGGUAAAGCCUGGAGGCCUGGUCGGCAUCUGCUUUGAUAAAUGUCCAGAGGCUUCGUUUGCAAUUCUUGGAAUUCUCAAAGCAGGAGCAGCAUUUGUGGCCCUAGACCCAGGGGCGCCUAGUAGGCGACGGGCGUUCAUAGUCAAAGACUCUGGAGCCAUUGUUGUCAUGUCAAUGAUAACCCAAUCAACUGACCUCAUAGCACAUUUGGAUGUGCCAAUUCUCAACCUUGAUGAGAUGGAUCUCAAAUCGACCCCAGUAACAAAGCCCGUUUUAGAACGGGAUAUUGUUCCUCAAGACCGCAGCUACUGUUUGUAUACAUCUGGGACUACUGGUACCCCGAAGGGUUGUGAACUUACCCACGAAAAUGCGGUCCAGGCUAUGCUAUCAUUCCAGCGAAUAUUUGCCGGCCACUGGAAUGAAGACUCGCGCUGGCUUCAAUUUGCAUCUUUUCAUUUCGACGUAUCGGUUCUCGAGCAGUUCUGGAGCUGGAGCGUGGGAAUUUGCGUUGUCUCUGCGCCUCGAGAUCUGAUCUUUGAAGAUCUGGCUACAUCGAUCAGAGUCUUGGGUAUCACUCACAUCGAUUUGACACCUAGUCUCGCUCAGACAUUACACCCAGAUGAUGUGCCAAGUCUUUGCAAGGGUGUGUUCAUUACUGGAGGGGAGAGUCUAAAGCAAGAGAUCCUUGACGUCUGGGGCCCCAAGGGGGUUAUUUAUAACGGCUACGGACCAACAGAAGCUACGAUUGGUGUAACGAUGUAUCCUCGCGUUCCAGCCACUGGCAAGCCAUCCAAUAUUGGGCCUCAAUUUGACAAUGUUGGAUCUUACGUCUUGACGCCGAAUUCCGAUGUUCCGGUCUUGAGGGGAGGUGUUGGGGAGCUUUGUGUGUCGGGGAAACUGGUCGGGAAAGGCUACUUGAAUCGACCUGAGUUGACGCUAGAGCGUUUUCCUCAUAUUCCUCACUUUAACGAACGGGUUUAUAGAACCGGCGAUCUAGUCAGGAUCCUCCAUGAUGGCACAUUCGAUUUCCUAGGCCGAGCUGAUGAUCAGGUUAAAUUGCGAGGCCAGCGCCUCGAAAUUGGAGAGAUCAACUCAGUCAUCAAACAGUUCGGCCUUGGUAUCUCAGACGUAGCCACGCUAAUAUUGAAGCACCCAAGACAGCAAAAAGAUCAACUCGUUUCCUUUGUAGUCACGACUUCGAGAAUGAAUGGAGAACCAAGAAUUCUUAUCGAUGGUGGGAGGCUUUUGGAAGACUGUAAAGAAGCAUGUCACGAGAAGCUGCCAGGUUACAUGGUUCCUACACACUUUAUCGCCCUCUCAGCUAUGCCACUAUCAGCAAGUAACAAAGCCGAGGUGCGGAAACUAAGAGAGAUGUAUAAUGCACUAACCGUUUCGGACCUCCAAGCUCUCGCAGGGACAUUAAAUAUCAACGACAUGAGGUGGUCAAUGGACGAGGAGAAGAUCAGGAAGGUUCUCAAGGACAUGUUGCACCUCAACGAAAGCGAGAUUAAGAAGAGUUCUAGUAUUUUUGAAUUGGGUUUGGACUCGGUGUCUGUCAUUGGGUUCGUGCGAGCUUUAAAGCAGGUCGGAUUUUCGAACGCUACAGCCUCUACGGUCAUGAAAAACACGUCAAUUGCCCGGCUCGCUAAGGUUCUGAAAAAAAGGGGCCCUGAGCACAAUGACCGUGGAUCCAUUCUCGCUGCGCAACAGUCCAUCACUGCGACCCAGCACCGCCAUAGGCGCGCCGUCGCUGAGGCUCUACACAUGGACCCACGAAACAUCGAAGCUCUUGCCCCGUGCACACCUCUGCAACAGGGAAUGAUUGCAAGAUCCCUUGAUAGCGAGAAAGGGCUGUAUUUUAAUACUUUCCGUUUUAACCUCAGCAACCGUGUCCAAGAACAUGCACUUCGCUUUGCAUGGCAAGAAGUCUUUUCAGCAACCCAGAUACUGCGGACUAUUUUCUCCAACACCGAGGAUGGAUUCGUUCAAGCUGCAAUUGGGAAGUUGCCGUUCCCUUGGAGGUCGUGCGAGCUCUCCAAUGAUGAUUCCUUGGGUGCGUAUCUGGAUGAUAUGAAAAGAGAAUGGUCGCAGCAAAACCAGACCUUCUUAAUGAAGAAGCCUUUCGAGCUCGCCUUUGUGGCUACUCCAUUGCGGAAGGUAUUAGCAGUGCAUAUUUUCCAUGCGCUUUAUGACGGCAAUAGCAUCGCGCUGAUGGUCAAGACUGUGUGGGAGAUUUAUAACGGCUGCUGGAGUGGUAAAAUCGGGCCUCCAUUCCAAUCCGUUCUCGCAUGUGGACCUUUACGAAAUGUCGACGGUGCUCAAAACUUCUGGCACAAACAUCUUUCGGAUAACGCCUUCCGACCCAUUCCUGGACGCAUCGGUCAGUCAGAUGAACCUAGUAUCACCAUGGUCAUCCGUGAGAUCCAAGGGCUAUCUAAAUACGAAUUGGCUAGACGAAAACUGGGCGUCACCCCGCAAGCUAUCGCUCAGGCCUGCUGGGCAACUGUUCUACACAAAUAUGUCAAGGGAACAGUGACUCUCGGCAUGGUCGUCUCUGGUCGAAAUAUUGACUUUGAGGAUGUCGAUCAAGUUAUUGGACCAUUGUUCAAUACAAUUCCAUACCAGCACAGGGUCGACUCCCAAGACACGUGGGCUUCACUAGUCAAAAAGGCCCACGACUUCAAUGUUGGAGUACACCCAUACCAGCAUAUUCCGCUAAGAGACAUUAUGAAGUGGUGUAAGAGAAGCCCAAGUCAGCCUUUAUUUGACACACUGUUUGUGUAUCAGAUUGCGGAGGCUGAUGAGAAGUGGGUUAAGAAUAAUGCAUGGGAGUUGAUUGAUGGGAGUGUGGAGGCAGACUUCCCUCUAACAAUUGAUAUUGAGCAAAGGGGUGGCAAAUCACUGAAAAUUACAUUGGUCACUCAGGGUCAUGUUUCAGAUCCGGAAUUAUCCAACCGCCUAAUGAAUGACUUCGAGAAGACCUUGGAUGAGAUAUUGAACGAUACGGGCGAAAACAUUAACUUUUCUUUCAUAGAAGAAGUAGGAGCCGAUGGGUUGCCAGCGAGCUCAGAGAACAAAAACAUGCCAACAUUCACCGACGGAGCAGAUGACUUUGAAUGGAGCAAAUCCGCUAUCGCAAUGCGAGAGGAGGUCGCCAAACUUGCAGGUACUAGGAUCACAGACAUCUCGGAGACAACUUCUAUUUUCGAGCUUGGCCUCGACAGCAUUGACGCAAUCAAGCUCUCAUCAAGGCUCAAGAAGCGUGGCAUUGACGUUCCCGUUAGCGGUAUCAUGCGUGCUCUUACGAUUCCCCGCAUGGCCCGAAUAUCCAGCAAUAAUACUGGACUAAUCCAGCGACAUUCUGAUAUGAUCUUCAGGUCCCACAAACGUAGACUUGAGAACUGCUUGCAACGGCGACGUAUUCUGGUGGAAGAUAUCGAGCAAGUGCUUCCAUUGACGCCACUACAAGAGGCUAUGGUUGCCGAGAUGGUCGCUUCAGAGUAUACAAGAUAUUACAACCACGACGUGUUAAAACUAGCGCCUGACACCGAUGUCGAGAAGCUAAAAGCUGCGUGGACCAAACUAGUUGAAAAUUCGCCUAUUCUGAGAACAUCAUUCAUUGGAGUCGAUGAUCCAAACAUCGAUUUCUCCUUUGCGCAGGUCGUACAUCGAGUCCCUCAUGCCUUUUGGCAGAAUUUGAAGGUGGAAGGGAAACCUAACUUCUUGGGGAUAUUCGAAUCAAUCCGCAGAAAGGCAGUAAAGGCAAGUCAACCGGGUCCCUUGUUCCACAUCCAUCGGAUCGAUUCUGGAGACCAAAGGUAUCUUGUACUCUCAGUGUCUCAUGCACUCUAUGACGGCUGGUCCCUUGGUCUUCUCCAUUCUGAUGUUCGUCGUUCCUACUUUGGCCAGUUCUCCUCUCGGCCAAGUUACGACUCUGCUCUCCAGGAAAUCUUGACAGCGACCGGUUCAGACGCUGCGGCAUUCUGGCGGGAUCAUCUAUCAGAAGCUAAACCAAGCCUCCUUCCACGCCGGCCGGGCAUGAAGACUCCAGAUCAUCAACGUGUAUGUCGAAUGGAACAGACAAGCAAAACAGAUUUGGAGAGCAUCGCAUCUUUUGCGAAGCGUUACAACAUAACCCUUCAAACUGUCGGUCAGACAAUUUACGCACUGGUCCUUGCUUCCUAUAUCCAGUCUCUCGACGUCAUUUUCGGCUCCGUGCUCUCAGGUCGUGACAACGACAACAUGUCUGAGAUCCUCUUCCCUACGAUGAACACCGUCGCUAUUCGAACAAUUCUUCACGGAACACGCCUGGAGAUGCUGCGAUACGUGCAGGAAAAUUUCAUGGGAGUCAAACAGUGGCAGCAUUUCCCGUUACGCAAGGCACAAGCAAUAGCUGGGGCACAAGGGUCUCUGUUUGAGAGCUUGUUUAUCUACCAGAAGAGACUAGAGGAUCGGGAUGAGAAUACUCCUCAGUUAUACGAGAGUGUAGAAGGCCAAAGUGGUGUCGAGUACCCUGUUUGUGUGGAAAUGGAGGUAGUGGAUGAUGAACUUAUAUGGAGAUGUGCGGUCAAAGAGGAUGUGUUCGAUCACACUGGGGCUGAAGGUUUAUUAAAGAGACUAGAUACAGUUCUAAAGGCUUUGCUGGAACAUCCUGGUGCUCCCACCAUCGACUUCACUCCAGCUGGAACAUCAAUAUGCGGGCUCCCGGGGUUUCAAGAGGAACAGCACCAAGAUGCCGAAAGUAAUUCGCCUAAAAACGAAGACCAUAGCCAAAGUCUGUUGGAGUCUCCCACCGCAAGGAUAAUUCGCGAAGUUAUGGCGUUCGUAUCUAAGAUCCCAGAAGAAGAGAUCACAGAAGGGAUGACCAUCUUUCACCUUGGACUGGAUUCAAUAAGCGCUAUUAAAGUCUCCUCUCUCUUACGCAAGCGCUCUGUUAUUCUCAGUGUUGGCGAAAUGCUAAAGGCCGCCACCGUGGAGAACAUGGCUCAACUUGCCGAUGAGCGAACACCAGCAUCUGAUGAGGAUGCCCAUGACGCCGAAGCAUUGCUUGAGAGUGCUUUAGGCCACAUUGAGCAAGCAGCUAUUCUUCGACAAGCCGGUAUGGAAGAACAGAAUGUAGAGCAGCUUCUCCCCGCAUCUGCAGGACAAAUUUAUAUGCUUUCCGUCUGGAUAAACUCAAACAAGACGAUCUUCUACCCAGAGUUUUCGUACAAGCUCGCGGGCUCUAUCACUUUUCAGUCACUUCAGAAGGCCUGGGAAGCGCUGGUUGCAGCAAAUCCAGUUCUCCGAGCCUGCUUCGUAGCUACCAAGGACAGCCGGGUUCCGUACGUGCAAGCCGUACUUCAUAGCGCUGAAACAGCCGUCCAUGACUUGUCUCGCGUGGAUGGGGAGAGCGUUUCGCAGGAAAUACAUGAACGUUCAUUAGUGCAACCCUACGCUCAUCUCUUCGUCUCAGAAUCGUCUAUGGGCUGGAACCUGACGCUGAAGAUCCACCACGCGCUCUAUGACGGCGCUAGCCUUCCUAUUCUUAUGCAGCAACUUCAGGAUCUCUCUAACGGUGUCUCCUCCACGCUCUCCCCCGUCACCAAGGUUUUCAGCAAGUUCCUUGCUUCCAGCUUCAUAUCCUCGUCCAUGCCAAAGCGCAAAGCAUUCUGGUCGAACUACCUUUAUGGCAUAGCACAACAGCAGCCCUUACUUCCUCAACCUUUCACCCCAUCAACUAGCAAAAUCGAAAUCUUUAAGCGCCAACUCCUCCCCGCCACGAGAUUGGACUCACUGGCUAGACAACAUGGUCUCUCCACACAAUCCGUCUUCUUCGCAAUCUACGCUAGGCUCUACGCUUCCCUCGUUCCCACACCCAGCGACAGAGACGUGGUAAUCGGAAUUUAUCUUGCAAAUCGCUCACAUCCAAGUAUUCCCACUCUCGCACAAUCAGCGAUUCCAACAGUCAAUCUUGUUGCUCUGCGCGUUUCAAAACCGUUAGAGAUGGAAGUGUGGGACACAGCGGCGCAAAUUCAGUAUGAUAUUCAAGAGAUCAGCAUGGUUGAGAACGCGGGGGUCGGGUUGUGGGAGGUGAGAGAGUGGACGGGGGUCAAGGUGGACACUUUUGUGAAUUUCUUGAAAUUGCCUGAAAGUGAGAAGGACAAGGACAGAGAGUAUGGAACCAAGAUUCGCGUAGUUGGAGAGUGGGAAGAGAAUGUCAGUAAAGUUGUAGAGAUGAAGGGAAGAGGGCCUGAUGGGCCGGGGUGGUUGGUGGAUGGGCAUGUUCAAAAGGCGUAUUUGCAUGCUCUUGAUAUCGAAGCGACAAUUCGAAAUGGCGCUCUCAAUGUUGGUGUUUUUGCGCCUGUGGGCAUGAUUGGGCUUGAAGAGGGAGAGAAAUUGAUACGAGAUUUGAGGAGCGAGUUGGAAGGCUUGGAGUGA